AAAAACCGGAAAACUUUGACCCGCAAAAACCCUAAUGCCGCAAUCCCUCCACCGUACUUCUUACGUGAAUAUAAACCAAAAGUGUUGAGGUUCGAGAGAACGGCGGGUCUGCGGAAGCAAGCUCGGAAUCCUAUUGCCGUUUACAGGAACUAAGAAGAUAUGGCGGUGCCGUUGCUGACGAAGAAGAUUGUUAAGAAGAGGGUUAAGCAGUUCAAGAGACCCCAGAGCGACCGCAAGAUCUCUGUCAAAACAAACUGGCGUAGACCAAAGGGUAUUGAUUCUCGUGUUCGAAGGAAGUUCAAAGGAUGCACUUUGAUGCCAAACAUUGGUUAUGGUACCGACAAGAAAACCCGUCACUAUCUUCCAAAUGGAUUCAAGAAGUUCGUUGUGCACAAUGUCAAGGAGCUUGAACUGUUGAUGAUGCACAAUAGGACUUACUGUGCUGAGAUCGCACACAAUGUGUCCACGAGAAAAAGGAAGGAGAUUGUGGAGAGAGCUGCCCAGCUCGAUGUAGUUGUCACCAACAAGCUUGCUAGGUUGCGCAGCCAGGAGGAUGAAUGAGCCUAGGCCCUCUUUUUGUUUUAUUAGUGAUGUUUUUUUAUUACAUCUCUUGCGAACUAGCAACAUUGACUUUUGCGGUAUUUCUAUUCUACCUGAUGUCUUUUACUUAACGAUUUCUAAUUCCAUUGUCAUUUUUGGUUA